CUGCCUCCGCCCUUGCGGCAAGGGAUAAGAAACCCUGCGCCAACACUUCCUUCUUUCCCAGGCGGCUGCCGAAGAUGGCGGAGGGGCAGGUCCUAGUGCUGGAUGGUCGAGGCCAUCUCCUGGGCCGCCUGGCGGCCAUUGUGGCCAAACAGGUACUGCUGGGCCGCAAGGUGGUGGUUGUGCGCUGUGAGGGCAUCAACAUUUCUGGAAAUUUCUACAGAAACAAGUUGAAGUACCUGGCCUUCCUCCGCAAGAGGAUGAAUACCAACCCAUCCCGAGGCCCGUACCACUUCCGGGCCCCCAGUCGCAUCUUCUGGAGGACUGUACGAGGCAUGCUGCCCCACAAGACCAAACGAGGCCAGGCUGCCCUGGACCGCCUCAAGGUGUUUGAUGGGAUUCCACCACCCUACGACAAGAAAAAGCGGAUGGUGGUUCCUGCUGCCCUGAAGGUUGUGCGACUGAAGCCAACAAGAAAGUUUGCCUACCUGGGGCGCCUGGCUCAUGAGGUCGGCUGGAAGUACCAGGCAGUGACAGCCACCCUGGAGGAGAAGAGAAAGGAGAAAGCCAAGAUCCAUUACCGGAAGAAAAAACAGCUUAUGAGGCUACGAAAACAGGCAGAAAAGAAUGUGGAGAAGAAAAUUAACAAGUUCACAGAGGUCCUCAGGAUCAAUGGACUCCUGGUCUGAGCCCAAUAAAGACUGUUUAUGCCUCAUGUGUGGCCUGGCCUGCCCUUCCUCCAUCGCCACCCUGGGAUAUGGGGGGCCCAGUACAGCUCUCUGGGUUCCACAGGCAGCUUGGGACCUGGAAAGCUGACACAGAAGGGCCUAGCCUUGGUCUCUGCUUCUGUUUCAGAAGGUUUCUUAAGAGUUGUACGGUCAGAAUUUAUGACCUGCUUAUUCAUGAAUUAAAAAAAAAAAAACGAUAGAACUACCAGUUACUUGCAGUGUUUAAAAAAAAAAUGAGCUGGAACACUAAGGGGGGGUCUCCUUGGCUACAGGGGCACCCACCUGUCUUAACCAUGUGGCCAUCCUAUACUCUGUAGCUGACAGAAUGGGAGAGUACCUGCUGAAGUGGGCCAAGUUCUAGAGGUGCAAAGACUGGAAAAUGCACUGCCCCUUUCCUUAACUCU